CAAACGCCCACAUCACAUCAUCAGCUAAGACGCCAAUGUGACCACAAACAAAUGCUGAUGGGUGGAGUUGCCAUGUUGCAACUGACAGCUACACAUUGCCACUCAAGCCAGGACCAGACCAAGCGUGCAGAGUGGCACUGACAGCUUGAACUCAUGGGUCAGUCUCUGCAGAAACAUUACCCACCCAAGCCGUUCCCUGGAGACAUCGUGGAGUAUCCGAGGAACAAAUACUUCUCCCACUUUGCCAUCUACUAUGGGGAGAAGGAUGGCGUUCGCUACGUGGCUCACCUGACAUCCCGAGAUUCAGACUCCAAACUCCCACUCUUUGGCCGGGCCCUGAGAUCGGAAGUCAAAUUGGAUCCGCUUGAGCUGCUGGGGAAAAAGUACAAGGUGAACAACAUGCUUGAUGACUGCUUCCCAGCCAGAGAUUACCACAGUAUUGUGAAACAGUCCAUUGACGACAUGAUCGGACAGGAAGUGACCUUUGACAUUUUGUUCCACAACAGUGAGCACCAGGCGACACUCUUUAGAUACGGAGUCAAGAAGUCACAGCAGAUUGAAAAAAUCUACGAGCACAUCAUGCCUGCAUGGGAGAAGCUCCUUGAGGAGAAGAAGCUGUGAAGGUGCUUCAGAUGUAUUUCUCAAUCUCAACUAUAUUGACCAGAUUAAGAUUUACAUAAACUUGUAACAAUAUUACACGAUCAAGUCAUUUUCUUUCUUUCACUGAAUCAUCUAGAUUGCUCCCUUUUUAAGAAAAUUGUUCAAAUAAUGAUAUUCAAAAACUGUUUUUUGUCAAAUAAAAAAUAUUUUGCGUGUGAA